UCUUCACAGUGGUCUUACCCUAUUAGCCAAGAGAGAGGCUGUCCUGAAGGUUGGACUCAGGUAGACUGUAGCUGUUUUCUCUUCCAAGAUGAGGAAAGGCAAUUUGCAGAUGCGGAGAGCGUCUGCAACAUUCUUGGUGGGAAUCUGGCCUCGGUCCACAGUGCUCUGGAAAAUGCCGUUAUUGUCCAGUUGAAUGCGGCAGGCACUUCUGAUUCCAGUUCAGACAUUUGGAUUGGACUCCACGAGGCAAUAGAGGAAGGCACCUUCUUCUGGACUGAUGACUCACCAGUUGAUUUCACUAACUUCAAAUCUGACAACGAUUCUGGAGACUGCCUUGCGAUUGAAAAUGAUGAUGUUCUCUGGGACAAAGACCCUUGCAGUGUGGAGAACAAGUUUGUUUGUGCCAGAGAAGCUGACCAACGUGAUCCUCCCUACAAGUCUACAAAUCUCUAAUCUAUUCGAAUCUAAUCGAAUCUGAACUAUAAUAAUGCCUUCCUCUGUAUCGUGAUGACUUGGCUAAGAUUAAAGUUCAAGUAAAAUUUG